AUGGUCGCAUCCACCGCUCUGCACCUCCUCUCACUCCUUAACACCGCCCUGCACUCACAACUGGCCUCACAACCUGCAUCCUCAGCCACCACCACCAUUCCCGCAUCCUCCUCCCCCACUCCCACAACGCCACCCUCUCCCAUAACCGCCAACACCUUCCCCUUCAACUCUUCCUCGCUCACCCCUCCCCCCCGCACCCCUUCCGUCCUCAUCCUCUCUCGGGUGAGCCCCCAUCCUCCUCUCCUCCCCGCCUCCGCCCUUCUUCUCACGCCUUCUGAUAUGCCACUUUCGUCCCCUCUUGCUCCAUUUCCCUCUCUUCCUUCACCUCUCAUCCCCUCUACUGUUUCCUCGCCCCACCUGCCACGUGGCUCCAAGGGCUAUGCAGGGGGUGACGAGGCGCGCAUGCUGCAGCGCCAGCUCAGCGGCCGCCCGGUGAUCAUUGCAGUGGGACGCAAGCGUGCUGACGUGGCACGGCGAGUUAUUGGGCAGUUCGGGGCGUGGAGGGGAUGGGGAAGGGGAGCAGCGGAGGGGGAAAGGCAUGAGGGGAGGAAAGAGGAGGGGAUGGAGCAUGGUGGGGCGGAUAAAGGGAGUGCAGGUGUUGGGCCGGUUGCUGCUGUGAUAAUGGACGAUGGCAUGCAGCACUGGGCGCUGCAUCGCGAUCUCGACAUUGUCAUGCUCAAUGCCGUGCCGCCGCAUGCACACACACAACCACAAGUGCAUGUACAGGUGCAAGGAAAAGGGCAAUCAGGGUGCAACAGUCCGUGGGGAAAUGGCCAGCUGGUUCCACGUGGACCAAUGAGAGAGCGGCUUGAGGCGCUGCAACGGGCAGAUGUGGUGGUGAUUCACAAUUCUGACCUGGUAACCUCCGUUGCUGACCUGGGCAGGGGGGACGCGCACCUGCUGCUGUGCCAUGGGGAAGGGGGGGCUGGGGAGGCAGGAGAGGUGGGAGGGGAGGGAGGAGAGGUGGGAGGAGAGGGAGGAGAGGUGGGAGGAGAGGGCGGAGAGGUGGGAGGAGAGGGCGGAGGAGGGGACAGGGUGGUGGCGUGUGCGAGCGUAGCUGGGCGUGAUGCCGUGUGUCUGUCUGCCAUUGGCUCGCCUGAGGCCUUGCAAGCCACGCUGCAGGCACAGCUGCACCUGAGGCGGGUGGUGAGCAUCGCUCUGCCCGACCACUCGCCCUUCUCCCUCCGGGAGGUGCGGGCAGUGCAAGAAGCACUCGCCCUCCUCUCACAUGCACCUGACCCCAGCACGCCCUCCCAUGAUGCGCAAGACCCGGAUGCACACGGGAUGAGACGGGGAAAUGGAGGAGGCGAGGGGGAUGCUGUGGGUGGGCGUGGGCCGUUGCUGAUACUGACCGAGAAGCCCAACAUGGUAUGA